AGCACGAGGACAGAGACGGACGGAGCGCGAGACCGCGGAGGUUUCUUCUUCUUCUCACCUGGAAGGUGGUGCUGAUGGAGUUCUGCUGCGGUUCCGAUGUGGAUUCUCUGAUCUGACUGGCCGCCCGUCUCUGCGGACUCUCAUCCUCUGAUCUGAUUGGUCACCUGUUCAAACACUCAUCUGAUCUGAUUAGCUGCUUGUGCAGGCGCCCAUCCUCUGAUCUGAUUGGCUCUCCGCUCCUGCAGAGACAGAUCUCGGAUCUGAUUGGCUGUCAUGCUGCUGACGACAGCGAAGAUCUCUCUGAUGACCAAUCAGAGCGCGGUGAUGUGCGAGCUGCCGUACAACGAGGGCCGCCUGGCCCUGAUGCUGCUCUACAGCGGUGUGCUGCUUGUCGGUGUUCCUGCCAACUUGCUGACGGUGCUCCUCACCUGGCUGCAGGUGCGCAGGAAGAACGUUCUGGGCGUGUACCUGUGGGGCCUGUCGCUGUGCGAUCUGACCUACCUGUGCACCCUGCCGCUGUGGGCGGACUACGUAGGCAGAGGUCACUGCUGGCGGUGGAGUUCUGGCGCCUGCAAAGUGACAGGCUUCAUUUUCUUCACCAACAUGUACGUCAGCAUCUUCCUGCUCUGCUGCAUCUCUUGCGAUCGCUACGUUGCCGUGGCGUACAGCCUGGAGUCUCGUGGCCUGCGGAGGCAGCGGUACGCCGCGUUAGUUGCAGUCGCCAUUGUUGUGGUGGUGGCCAUCGGACAUAUCCCCGUCUUCACCAUGAAGGAGGGCGCUGCUGCCGAGGGCUUGCAGCGCUGCUUUGAGCCGAGUCAUAGAAAUGCCACGGUAACAGGCUUCAACUACGCCCGCUUCGUCAUCGGCUUCCUGCUGCCGCUGCUGCUGCUGGUGGCAACCAACCGCAGCGUUCUGGCCAACGUGCAGCGUAGCACAGGGCUGCAACGUGGCGAGAAGCGGCGCAUCCGACAGCUGGCGGUGGCAGUGGUUCUUCUGUUCCUGGUCUGCUUUGCCCCGUACCACCUGAUCCUGCUGGUCCGGGCCGUCACCUUCCACCUGCCCCAACUCGAUGACACCAUAUGCCUGUUGGAAAGGAACCUCUACACCCCCUACACCAUCUCCCUCGGCCUGUCCACCAUCAACAGCGCCGUCAACCCCAUCCUCUAUGUUCUGUCUAGCAAAAACAUCCGUAAGGACUUGCGCCGAGGACUAAAGCAGGUAUGCGGCCGGCCCUGGCUUGCAGCGCCAUCCAACAGUAGCCAGAACCAGAUCCAGCCUUCCAACAGGUCCCUCGAACUGAACGUCGGGACGGAUACCGAGCGACAAGCAGCUGGAACAGCCAACAGCAACCUGAAAGACCACAAAUCAGUGAUGUUUGAAACAGACGUACAAAUUUACAUACGUAGAGGGAGCAUAAAUGAGCUUUAAGGGCGCAUUCACACUGUAAAACGAACCCUGGUCCGCCUCCACAGAGAGUACGGUUCAUUUGGAGUAGUUAUUGGCACUCUGGUCCGAUAGAAAACCGGGGGUCUCGGUUCACUUGCAUGUGAAUCUGGUGCUAUUUGCUUGCUUACCAUCCAGGUAACCAAAGGGAGGAAGUGACUGGAUGCAUCGUAGAAACAUGCUGGAUAACUCGUUGCUUCUCCUGCUGCUCAUACAGGACAGAUUUCAGCACCAGAAUCCCUAAGACUGCAUUAACUGCUCCAGUGUUUGCAGUAAAACGGCUGUUUUAGUUAUGUCCACUCGAUGAGCCAGAUUUACCGUUCUUCUUGGUCAGUGGUUGUUCCGGGGAAUGUCGCCCCCUAGUGAGCAGUUUUUGUAACUGCGUGACGUUCAGGCAGUUUGCUCCACUUGCGUCAAGUGUGAAAGCAAAUUAAAGGAAUGUGUGAAAUUUCCUGCCCAACCGAACCGAGUUCACCGGAAUAUCCUGGUGUGAACGUAUCCUAAGACCAGGACUAACAAAUAAAGGUUUGAAUUUGAACGAAGUUAAAUAAUUUUUUCUGGACCGCUUGAUGUUUUUUAAACCUCCUGAUGUUUGUGGUUAUUUAUUCUUCAUUGUCACCAAACUGCAUAAGAUGUCUGUACGUUCGUAUUUAUCCCACAUUCAUCUGAUAACAUGUUUAAACAACUUUUAUAAUUGAUUAACUCUGAGGUGCUGCAGUAUUUUUUGCCAUUAUAUAUUUGUUUGUGUUAUUUUGUGUAAGUUUUAUUAUUAGUUUUUACUAUUUCUUAAAAAAACUAUUUUUACAUUUUGUGUUUAUUAUAUUGUAUUAUUCUCUUUUCAAAAACUAGUUAAUUUCUCCCUCGUCAUUUAUGGAAAUAAAGUUUAUGUUAUGUAGCUGUAGGGACAAAGUAAUGUGUGAAAACAUUUAAUUCUAUGUAUAUAUGUCUGUAUGGAUGUAUUUAUAUGUUUUUUAUAUAUACAUAAAACGGGAGCUGAUAUAUUGUUGCACAGUGAACAUAUGAUAUGUAUGAUCCUCUUUGGUUCAUUAAACUUCUUUUUUUUUUUUUUGGAAAAUGAAUUUGGACAUUUCCAAUAAA